CACACACAACACCAGCGAGAUAGAAGCGAGUCGGCGAGAGAGGAGCUCCUUCAAAGGAGUUCCGAAGCAGCCUUUGGAGGGGAAAUACCUUGGACUAUGGAGUUAAAACCAUGAAGAAGAAUCAGAAAGAAUAAUAAUGUUUUUCCGAAAUCGGUUUCUGUUCUUGUUGGCGGUGGCUGCCUUGUUAGCUGUUCUGAGCCUUAGCCUACAAUUCUUACACUUGAUCCCCAUUAAUCCAGUUAAGGAAGAUGGCUUGAAUUCCAAGAAUCGAAAGAGAAUUAUGCCAAAUCCACUGACAGAGCCCCCUGCCAUAGAUCCUAUUUAUGAAGCCAAAUUUUAUUGUAACAUUCCCAGCAUACCUGAACGCAGCAUGGAAGGCCAUGCACCUCAUUAUUUUAAACUGAUUUCUGUCCAUGUGCUGAUUCGUCAUGGGGACCGAUACCCUCUUUAUGCCAUUCCCAAAACAAAAAGGCCAGACAUUGACUGUACAUUAGUGUCCAGCAGAAAACCUUCCCAUCCUCAGCUUGAAGCUUUUAUCAACCAUAUGUCUAAAGGAGUAGAAGCACAAAUGGAUGGUACUCUGAGCAGCAUGCCUCGUUACCCCAGCCAUUCACUGUGUGAAAUGGGAGAGCUUACGCAGACAGGAAUUGUCCAACACUUGCUAAACGGACAGCUGCUACGAGAUAUUUAUAUAAAGAAGCAUAACUUGAUACCGAGUGACUGGACAGCUAAGCAUUUGUAUUUGGAGACUACUGGAAAGAGUCGAACACUACAGAGUGGCCUGGCAUUACUCUAUUCUUUCCUGCCAGAGUUUGACUGGAAAAAAAUUAACUUCAGGAACCAGUGGAGCACAAUCUUUUGUUCUGGAAAUUGUGAUUGCCCAAUAAGAAAUCAUUACUUAGAGGAGGAGCAACGUCGUCAGUAUAGCCUCCGGGUGAAAAACAUACAUUUGGAGAAAACGUAUGCAGAUAUGGCAAGAAUAGUUGGCAUACCUACUAGGCAGUUAAGAGCUUCUAACCCCAUAGAUUCAAUGCUCUGCCAUUUUUGUCAUAAUGUCAGUUUUCCAUGUACUAAGAAUGGCUGCAUUGACAUUGAGCACUUUAAAGUAAUUAAGAUGCAUCAACUUGAAGAUGAAAAAGAGAGACAGGUGAAGAAAUAUUAUUAUUUGUAUGCGCUCCUGGCAACUCAUCCUAUCCUUAACCAGACUGUCACUCGUAUGCAGCGCAUUGCAGAUGGCAAAAAAGAAGAAUUGUUUGCCCUUUAUUCUGCUCAUGAUGUCACCUUGUCACCUGUUCUUAGUGCCUUGGGUAUUACUGAGGCCAGGUUUCCAAGAUUUGCAGCUAGACUUGUCUUCGAGCUGUGGAAAGAUGCAAAGAAAUAUAAAGAACAUUAUAUUCGUAUCCUUUAUAAUGGUGUUGAUGUCACAUUCCAGACAUCUUUCUGUCGAGAUUACAACAAACAUUAUGGCAAGCUAAUGUGCCCUUUUGAAAAGUUUGUCCACUUCAUUAAGCAAGACAUGUUUUCACCUUUUAAUAGCACCAACUAUUAUGAUGCAUGUCGCAGAAGACCAUUCUGAAGGAGAAGUUAAACACUGCAAUUUGUUUUGUCAAAAGAUCUAUCUUUUGAAGAAUCUUGAUAUGAUGAAUCCUAGUGUGCCUAAGUGCAAAUGAAUACAGAUUGAAGUGGCUUUAUUUUUGCCAAAAUUCAUUCUAGAUUGAUUUGAGAUGUCAUAAAUGUACCAUGUAUAUCAGCAAACUGUGCAAACUAUUUUGUUUGUGCUAAACUUGAUUUGUCUGUUAGCUGCUGUAAAAUGGAUAUUGCUUGAAGAACUGAAUGAGUACAUUCUGGUUCCGUGUUGUUCCACUGCAGAGAUUGACACCCUAAAGUAAACGCGAACAUUACCAAAAGAAUUUAUUCAUUCAGCAAAUCAUUGUUAUUCCUGAAGUGUCCUAUAGAGAAAUUACAAGAAUUUGGGGGAAAAAAGUGGUGCAUGUAUCCAAGUACAUUUUACUUUUUGUUCACAAGGCUUGGGAAUGGUUGAUCUUUACCCACAACUCAAGAGCUCCUUCAACUUGUAAUUUAGAUCCUGUGAAGACUGUUCCUGCAAUAAUAAUUCAUGUCUCUCCUCUUGCUGAUUGUUUUGAACAUAUGAAAAAUCUCUAAAACAACUUAUAGUGAUUUUUAAAAAGUUUUUGCUAUUGUCAGAAACAUCUUAUGAAUCAGAAUGGGCCUUUGGCCCUUCAUAUGAUUUACAGCUCCAGUCAGCCAUUGGCCAUGUUGCCAUUAGCAUUAGCAACCAACAUGGCCAAUGGUAAGCUCCCCACCCUUGUUGGAAAUGACCAUUGCAGGUCAGUCCAUGCAGAAAGCAAUUUACAUACAGUACAGGCUUUUUGUGUCUACCCUACCUAAUUGGGUUUUUUGUUUUUGUUUUUGGUGUUGUUUAUUUGUUAUUUACAUUCAGAAGGGAUCUCUGUUCCAUACAAUAAUGUUCCAGUAUAACACAAGCAGGAAAAUAAAAACAUAAAAGGAGAAAAAAUUACCACAUUAAUUGUAAGUUUUUAUAAAAAGCUGAUCAAAUGUCCAAAUAUAAGUUAAUUUGGACAGUUUGUCUAUACAUUAUUUUUUCAAAUGUUGAACAUGUUGUUAGAUUGUCUAUCUAUUGGAUUAUGGGUGAAGCAAAAUUGAGGGUUAUAAAAACUUUUAAAUGUAUGCUGGUUUUAUAGGAAUUUGAUAUUCUAAAUCCAAAAAUGACCUCAGAUUUGCUCCAUCAUGUUCAGUUUUUUCACAGUUUGCUUUGACAUUUCCAUAUUGUAAUAUAUGACUGACUGAAAUAAUCCUUCAAAGAAUUAUCUUGCAAAGAGUAAGAAAAGGGUUAGUUGUCUAAUAGACUCAAAACACUUUUAAUUCGAUAUCAAACACAAAAAUCUAUGCAUAAGAAAUCUCAGUGGAACAUCAGUGUCUGCACAUAAUAAAACGUAGGUAAUAUCUGAAAUGAUAACAAAUAUUGAAUUUGUGGAAGAACUGUAUGUAGUACAACAUUUUUACUGUGUUUUUCAAGUUCAGCACCCAAAACUACAUUAAAAAUAGCUACAAUAUUGGGAAAAAAGCUUUUUCAUAAUAGGCUUGUGUUAUCAUUCCAGUAAUGAAGGUCACCAAAAAAUCUUCUUCCAUUGACCAUUUCUUACUUUCCAAGAAACAGAGAAGUACUUCACAAGAACAUGCAUGCCCCCAAAUAUCAAGAAACUUUCCAAAACCAAAUUUAGUUUUGUGAUUACCUCUUCCCAAAAUGUAGCUACUGUGGGACAAUUCUAAAACAUAUGUGUUAAGGAAGAAUUAGCAGUAUUAUGUCUCCAACAAUUUGCUGAUUUAAAAAGCCUUUUCUUGAAUAGAUUCCAUGGUGAUCAAUAUAACCGAAAAAGCAUUUUCUGCUGUAAUAAUAUGUAGUCGGACAUCUUUGUUCAUACUAGUUACAGAUGUUAAAACCAUUUAACAUGGCUUUUGGUUAGUCAUAAUGGAAUAAAAAUACUUUUUGUAGAAACCAGACGUAACAUUUUAUACAAACUAACCCCAAGGAGAUAUGGAAAGAAAAGUUCUGUUGUUUGCACUUUUAGCACUUUAUGUGUACUUUGGACACAAAUUUCAAGUGUAGUGGAAUUACAUACUGUAAGAAGUAGAAAAUGUCAGAUGUGACUUUUAAUACAUUUCCUUAUGAUCUUUCUGUUUUGUGUUCAAAUCAUUUGUGCUGUGAUUUAAAAAAGCAGUGAGUUUAGCAAUUUGUUGUAUUGGCUGCAUGUGGCCAAAGGAACUUGACAAUGCUUAAUUUUGUAGCUCAUUUAGUACUUUUAUAGAUUAGGUUUUAUAAUCUGAGUCUUGUUUUGUUUUUUUAAACAGUAUAGUGAUUGUACUAUAGUGUACUAAAUGUUUUUUAUCUUCUUUAUAAAGGGAUGCCAAAAGCUGUUUCAAACACUUCUCCUGUAACCAUGAUAGAUAGACUUAUGAACAAUCUUAUUAUGAACACAGUGAUAAUGCAUAACUGCAUUUUAAAACAUUUUCUUCAUAUGGUAUUUUAAAACUGCUUAGAAAAGCUUUUUGUUACUAUUGGAAUGCUAUGUUUUAUAAUGUUGGAAUUUUUGCACACCCAGAAACCAUAAUGUAGGAUAUGAUUUCAACUGAAAUGGUGCUACCAGUUAAAAGGAGCUGUGACUCGUUUUCUGACUUUACUGGCAUUUAAUUCCUAUUUUGAAAUCGAUACAUUUGAAUGUUUCAAUAAAUAAAGUUUUGAAGAAUUCA